AUGGCACCAAAGAUCGCAAUCGUUUUCUACUCAACAUGGGGCCACAUUCGCCAGCUGGCGGAGGCCGAAGCUGAAGGCAUCCGCGCCGCAGGCGGCCAAGUCGACCUCUACCAGAUCAAGGAAACUCUCCCACAAGAGGUCCUGACCGCCAUGCACGCACCUCCGCAGGACUCCGCCAUCCCAUUCGCCGACCCAAAGACUCUCGAGCAAUACGAUGCCUUCCUCUUCGGCAUCCCAACCAGAUACGGUAACUUCCCAGCACAGUGGAAGGCCUUCUGGGACUCGACCGGUGGCCAGUGGCAGAGCGGUGCGUACUGGGGCAAGUACGCUGGUCUCUUCGUCUCGACUGCCUCGCUUGGUGGUGGCCAGGAAAGCACGGCUAUUGCUGCCAUGAGCACAUUUGCUCACCAUGGUUUCAUCUAUGUUCCUCUGGGGUACAAGACUACGUUCGCUCUCUUGGCAAACCUCGAUGAGGUCCGUGGUGGAACUCCGUGGGGUGCUGGUACUUUUGCUGCCGGCGACGGAUCCCGCCAACCAACCAAGAACGAACUCGAGCUUGCCCGCAAGCAAGGUGAGGCCUUCUACGGCCACGUCUCCAAGGUCAACUUCGCGUGA